GCGCCUGGCGCCGCUGCCCAGGCCCGUCUGCUGAGCGGCCCUCCCGGGCGGCAUGGACGUGUCCAACAGCAGCGCCUCCCCGGAGCGCUCCCCCGGCGGCGCCGAGGUGACCCUGGGCUACCAGCUGCUCACCUCGCUGCUGCUGGGCACGCUCAUCCUGUGCGCCGUGAGCGGCAACGCCUGCGUGAUCGCGGCCAUCGCCCUGGAGCGCUCCCUGCAGAACGUGGCCAACUAUCUCAUCGGCUCGCUGGCCGUCACCGACCUCAUGGUGUCCGUGCUCGUGCUGCCCAUGGCGGCCCUCUACCAGGUGCUGAACAAGUGGACGCUGGGGCAGGUCACCUGCGACAUCUUCAUCUCGCUCGACGUGCUGUGCUGCACCUCGUCCAUCCUGCACCUGUGCGCCAUCGCCCUGGACAGGUACUGGGCCAUCACGGACCCCAUCGACUAUGUGAACAAGCGCACUCCGCGCCGGGCCGCGCUGCUUAUCAGCCUCACCUGGCUCAUCGGCUUCUUGAUAUCCAUCCCGCCCAUGCUGGGCUGGAGGACCCCCGAGGACCGCUCGGACCCCGACGCGUGUACCAUCAGCAAGGACCACGGCUACACCAUCUACUCCACCUUCGGCGCCUUCUACAUCCCGCUGCUGCUCAUGCUGGUGCUCUACGGGCGCAUCUUCAGGGCGGCGCGCUUCAGGAUCCGCAAGACGGUCAAGAAGGCGGAGCAGAAGC